AUGGAGGAGGACAUCUUCAUCUGCAAGUCACCUCUCCUUGACUUGGUCUAUCAGCUAGAAGAUCUUGAACCAGUUGAACGGAAAAUUGACAAUCCAAAGGGUUCGUGGCUCCACCGUAAUUCAUAUGAUGCCUAUCCAAGAGUCUGGAUACAACAAUUUUAUAAUAAAGAUGUUUCUCUGAUCAAAAGCUCAUCUGGAAAGAAUUCACAAGAAGAUAGUGAAGACUCAGAAGAAAAAGAUGUGAAGACCAAGAAGGAUAAUUCUCACUCAGCAGAAGAUAGUGAAGGUGAAAAAGAUGAUCACAAAAAUGUGUGCCAGCAAUGGCAGGCAGCAUCUAAAGCAGCAUCUAAACAGAGAGAGAUGCUCUUGGAGGAUGUGGGCAGUGAGGAAGAGCUAGAGGAAGAAGACAAGCCACCGUUCCAGGAAAAAGAUUCUGGCAGCGAUGAGGAUUUCCUAAUGGAAGAUGAUGAUGACAGUGACUAUGGAAGUUCAAAACAGAACAACAAAAAGAUGGUUAAGAAGUCCAAACCUGAUAGAAAAGAAAAGAAGAUGCCAAAACCCAGACUAAAGGCUAAAGUGACGCCAAGUCCAGUAAAAGGCAAAGGAAAGGUGGGCCACCCCACAGCUUCAAAGGUGUCAAAGGAAAAGACGCCUUCUCCCAAAGAAGAAGAAGAAGAGCCAGAGAGCCCUCCAGAAAAGAAGGUGUCUGCAAGUCCUCCACCGGAGAAGUCUGGAGAUGAAGGGUCUGAAGAUGAAGCCCAGUCUGGGGAAGAUUAAAAGUGAUGAUGGUUUGGGGAGAGAUUUUAUUAAAAAAAAA